AUGGAGAAAGCUACUGAAACACCCACAACACCCCCGUGUGUGUCUCCGCCCAAGGCGACCCAGGCGACGUCGUCAGGUGUGGCGAAGCUCACCAAACGUGCCGCCAUAACGCAGAUAAUAACCGCGGUCGUGGCCAACAUUACGAUCAUCUCCUCUGGGAUGGGCAUCGGUUUCCCGUCGAUCGCGAUGAUGGAACUAACGAAUUCUACCUCGUCCGUGGUGCUGACGGAAUCGGAGGCGAGCUGGUUCGCAUCUAUCACUUCGAUUAUGUGCCCGUUUGGAGGACUACUAUCGGGAUAUCUGCUGGAUAAAAUGGGCCGAAAGAAAACGCUCUACUGCAUCAACAUUAUUUCCGUCAUCUCGUGGGCCAUUAUGUCGUUUGCUAGUCGCACGGACGCGUACGUCCUGUUCGUGGAACUGAUAGUCGCUCGAGUCAUUAUCGGUGUUGCGAUUGGACUCUCGAGUACUCCUGCGUCGGUGUAUGCCGCUGAGGUAGCUCAUCCUCGUUUAAGAGGUCGCCUAACUCUGCUAACCGCUGGUUGUACCGGAAUCGGCAUGCUGCUCGUGUACUCCCUAGGCUACAUGUUUAAGGAGGAUUGGCGAUACGUCUGCACGAUCUGCGGUGUCUUCACCGGAGUGUCACUGUUGACCGUGAUCCCGCUGCCUGAAUCGCCCAGCUGGUUGGUGGGCAAGAAACGACCACUGGAGGCCGAACAGCACCUGAAGGUGAUCCGCGCUAUCAAGGAGGACAACCACCCAGAGAUCAAGGCAGAAAUCAAGGCACUGGAAGAGAACGUUGCACGCUUCAGGGCAUCGGACUCGAAGAAAUCAUCCAAGCUCGUACAGCUCAAGAAACCGGAGGUGUACAAGCCACUCUCGAUCAUGUGCAUCUUCUUCCUGUUCCAACAAUUCUCCGGCAUCUUCGUGAUCAUCGUGUACGCGGCUAGUUUCUCCGUGGAGGCCGGAGUUGCCAUCGAUCCGUUCCUUAGCGCCGUACUUGUUGGAUUAACGCGCGUUCUCACCACGAUCCUGAUGUCGUUCAUCUCGGACAAGUUCGGACGACGUCCUCCGGCACUGUUCUCCGGGUUUGGCAUGGCGUGUUGCAUGUUUGGACUGGCCGCAUGCGCCGUAUAUCCUGUUGUCGAUACAGAGUUUGACUGGGUCCCAACGGCCCUUCUUGUGGCGUUUAUCUUCACAGCCACGCUUGGCUUCCUGACGCUUCCCUUCUCGAUGAACGCAGAAGUGUACCCGACAAAGAUCCGUGGAUUCGCUUCAGGACUUACGAUCUUCUUCGGCUACACCAUGUCUUUCAUCAUCCUGAAGAGCUAUCCCACGAUGGUGAGUGCCAUUGGCAACGAGAACGUGUUCCUGUUCUUCGGUUGCGUUGCGCUUAUUGGAAUCGCGUUUGUGUACUUCUUCCUGCCCGAGACGAAGGGCCGCACGCUGCAGGACAUUGAAGAGUACUUCCGCGGUGGUGCAUCCUCGGACUCGGCCAAACAAGCCUCGAAGGCGUAAGGAGAGGGAAGUCGAAUUUGAACACUCGUAGAUAAGCAAGCUACUAGUCUGUGAUAGAGUGGGUUUAGCGUAUGGUAUUCGGAUUAGGUACUACAUCUGACAUUUUUACAGUUAAGAAUGUAACAAUCUCACAUAAAAAAAAAGUAUUCAAUAAAACGCAGUGGU